AUGUCUGUAUCAGUUGCCAUACCUAACGUGACAUCCCAGCUCGGAGAGGGGCCCCACUGGGAGGAAGAUACACAAACACUGCUAUUUGUGGACAGCUUGGAAUGCAAAGUGUACAGAUGGAACUCGCUCACAAAAGACGUUUCCUCUGUACAGCUAGGCGACACAGUGGGAUCGGUGGUACCUUUUCAGAAUGGAGGCUACCUGGCCGGAGUAGGUCGGACCAUCUCGCACUUUGAAUGGAACACUGGAGUUACCACAAAGCUUCAGGAAGUCAGUUCAACAGGUUUGGAUGACCGGUUUAAUGAUGGCAAAUGUGAUCCAGCAGGAAGGUUUUGGACAGGGACUAUGGGUAGUAAGAUUAGUUAUAACAACGGCAUACCGGUCUUCGAGCAAAACGUCGGCAGUCUUUACAGCCUGGACAAAACAGGGGCACUUUCCAAACAUUUUAGUGGGAUCACGGUAUCUAACGGGCUUGCAUGGUCAUCUGACGAACGAGUGAUGUUCUAUAUAGACACAGGAACCAGGAAGGUGGAGGCAUUUACUUAUGACGUGGAAUCCGGUGAAAUAAGUGAUAGGCGUGACGCUAUCACCUUCGAAACAUUUCCGGAAAAGGCAACAAUGGGUUGGCCGGACGGAAUGACCAUUGACACAGAGGGACACCUCUGGGUCGCCUGUUUUGGAGUUGGAAAGGUCAUCUGCUUUGAUCCUGCCACAGGAACAAAAUUAACGGAAGUAAAUAUCCCUGCACCAAUUACAACUUCCUGUUGUUUUGGCGGGAAAAAUUUGGACGAGUUGUAUAUCACUACUGCGCCGUUUGCAGCUACAGAACAGGAACUCCAACAAUAUCCAUCAUUAGGAUCAGUGUUCAAGGUCACAGGACUUGGGGUGAAAGGUCGUCCCGCCAACGUAUAUCAGGGUGAUAUCAAAGGUCGAUUGUGA